CUUGCACGUAGUUCAGAGAAAACGAAACUGAUCUCAGAGUGCUUCUCUCUAUCUCUCUCUCUCUCUCUCUCUCAGCGUAGACGGUCAGGAGAAUGGCAGAGGCCAGUAUUUCAGUAGAUCAGGACCAGUUCAGCUGUCCAGUCUGUCUGGAUCUGCUGAAGGAUCCAGUGACCGUUCCCUGUGGACACAGUUUCUGCAUGGUGUGCAUUAAUAGCUGCUGGGAUCAGGAGGAUCAGAGGGGGCUCUACAGCUGCCCCCAGUGCAGAGAGACCUUCACUCCGAGGCCUGUUCUACGCAGAAACUACUUUAUCGCUGAAAUGUCGGAGAAACUGAAGAAGACAGAAGUCCGAGCUGCUCCUCCUGCUGGAUCUGGAGAUGUGGAGUGUGAUUUCUGCACUGGGAGGAAACGCAAAGCUGCAAAAUCCUGUCUGACGUGUCUGGCCUCCUUUUGUGAAGAUCACAUUAAAAAUCACAGUGAAAUACCUGCUUUAAAAAAGCACAAGCUGGUCAAAGUGUCCACACGACUACAAGAGAAGAUCUGCUCUCAACAUGAUGAAAUGAUGAAGAUCUACUGUCGCACUGACCGAAGCUGCAUCUGCUAUUUGUGUACAUUAGAGAAACACAAAGGCCACGAUACAGUCUCAGCUGCAGCAGAAAGACCCCAGAAACAGAGGGAGCUGGAGGAGAUGCAGAGAGAAGUCCAGCAGAUGAUCCAGGAGAAACAGAAGAAGCUGCAGGAGCUGGAACAGGCUGUGAACACUCUUAAGCGCUGUGCUCAGACAGCAGUGGAGGACACUGAGAGGAUCUGUACUGAACUGAUCUGCUCCAUUGAGAAAAAGCGCUCUGAGCUAACAGAGCUGAUCAGAGCUCAGGAGGAGGCUGAACUGAGUGCAGCUGAAGAACUCCUGGAGAAACUGGAGCAGGAGAUCGCUGAUCUAAAGAGGAGAAACACUGAGCUGGAGCAGCUUUCACUCACAGAGGAUCACAUCCAUUUCCUCCAGAGUUUCCAGUCUCUGAGCAUCUCUUCUGGAUCUGAGGACUCCUCCAGCAUCUCUGUCCAUCAGCAUCUCUCAUUUGAUGGAGUGAGGAGCGCUCUCUCUGAUCUGAAGGAGAGACUAGAGGAGUUCUGCAGAGAGGAGUUCAGUAAAAUCCCUCUACAAGCAGUUCUUUCAUCACUCCCAGAACCAAAGAGCAGAGAAGAUUUUCUACAGUAUUUCUGUCAGCUGACUCUGGAUCCUAACACAACACAUCACCACCUCAUUCUGUCUGAUGAGAACAGAGCUGUGAAGAGGAGUGAUGAAGACCAGCAUUACUCUGCCCAUCCAGAGAGAUUUGACUGCAGGUCUCAGGUGUUGAGUGUGGAAAGUCUGAGUGGACGCUGUUACUGGGAGGUUGAGUGGAGUGGAGAGGUGGAGAUUUCGGUGUCAUAUAAAGAGAUAAGCAGGAAAAUAAUGGGUAAUGAGUGGUGGUUUGGACGUAACAAUCAUUCCUGGAGUCUUUGGUGUUCUUCCUCUCUUACUUUCUGGCACAGGUACAUUUGGACUGAGCUCCCAGCACCUCCGUCUUUCAGAAUAGGAGUUUAUGUGGAUCACAGUGCAGGAACUCUGUCCUUCUACAGCGUCUCUGACACAAUGACCCUCCUACAUACAGUCCACUAUACAUUCACUCGGCCUCUCUACGCUGGAUUCUGGGUUGGUGAUGGAUCAACUCUGAGAUUGUGUGAUAAACAGUGAUGAUGGUGAUAAUGGCUGAUGGUUUGUGAGGCCUGUUUGACUAAGUGUCUGCUCUUAUUAUCCUUUUUUCCUCACCUAAUUAUAUUUGAUCAAUCUAUCAAUAGUAAUUAACCUCUCAUAAUCUCAGUAAAAUAGUAAUUAACGUCUUCCACUACAUUAUAAAUCUGAUCUUUACCUGGUUUAAACAGACCUUCAGGAGCAUUAUUCAGUAAUGACAUGAACAACAGUGUAAAAGAGUUCUGCUUCAUCUGAUCAUUUAACGGUUAAUGAGUGUGUGUGUGUGAUUUACUGGAGAUCUGAACUGUAGCUGAAGGCUCAUACAUCAUUCAAAAACUUGCUUAUAGAAUCUACAACAGGGGAUAAUACAGCUAAAGCUAAGAUAAUGAUAUGCUAAAAUGAAUAGCUAAAAUAAAAAACAACUCAUACAUCUUUCAUAGACAUGCUUAUAGAAUCUACAGCAGGAGAUAAUAUAUCUAAAGCUAAUGCUAAUUUCACCUUUCGGAAGUACAAUAAAACUAAAGCUAAUUUUACCUUUUGACAUUAUGAAACAGUUAAAUCUAAUGCUAAUGUUACCUUCUGUCAAUAUGACACAACUAAAUUUAAUGCUAAUUUUAUUUUCUGUCAAUAUGACACAACUAAAUUUAAUGCUAAUUUUAUUUUCUGUCAAUAUGACACAGCUAAAUCUAAUGCUAAUUUUACCUUCUGUCAAUAUGACACAACUAAAUUUAAUGCUAAUUUUAUUUUCUGUCAAUAUGACACAGCUAAAUCUAAUGCUAAUUUUACCUUCUGACUGUAUAAUGCAGUUAAACUAACACUAAUUUUAUUUUCUUACAGUAUAACAGCUAAAGAUAAUGCUAGUUUCACCUUGUGACAAUAUGAUGUUGUGGUGGCUGCCACUUGCUCCAGUUUGCAGAGGGGGCCCUAAAGGUGUGGAAUGUAGGAACAGUGCCGCGCACCCUGUUCCUUUCCAUGUAAAGAACGUUAAAUGGUAUUUGUUGUUGUUAAUAUUUCUUUCUGGGUUGGAGUUUGUGUUCCCUUCUGUUUUCUCUGACAUUUAUGUGCCUUUGCUACUUGUGUUAAUAAAGAGCACUUCUCAAAGCAGA